GGGCGGAGCAGGGGCGGGACUAACCUCUGAGGAUCCCGCCCCCCUGACCUCCCGAGAGGCCGGCCGGCUCCCGGCUCCCGGCGCCUAUUGGCCAAGGCGCCCGCCAGUUGUUGGGAAUCCCCCCUCCCUUCCCGGUGCUCCUAGAGUUGCUGGCCCCGGCACUCCAGUCCCGGAGACCGCAGCCCUGGGUGCUUCAGGUGGGACUGGCGGCGAAGCCGGCCCCUGGCUCCGAGCGCGCGGAAGGGGCUUUUCCGGGCCGGGCCGGGCGGAGCGGGAUCGGCGGGCAGUGUCGGCGGGCUGGAUGUCUCCGAGGCACUCCCACGCGUGACCGCGGAAGGCACGUCCCGUCCAGGACAGCCAGCCCCGGAGCGGCGCGCAGCGACCGCCAGCUCUGCCGUGGGGAGGAAUGAUCGGGCCGCGCGAGCCGCUAGGCCCGGCCUUGGACUGACGGUCCCCGAAGUGACCGGCUCGGGGAGAGGCGGGUCCGGAGAGUGGCCAGUCCCGAGCUAGGCCGAGCGAGCGGUCGGUGCGGAAGCGGAGCGGUCCUGCCGAGGGAGCCUCCUGCCGAGGGAGCGUCCUGCCGGGGGAGCCUCGGAGCGGUCCUGCUGAGAGAGCGUCCUGCCGAGGGAGCGUCCUGCCGAGGGAGCCUCGGAGCGGUCCUGCCGGGGGAGCCUCGGAGCGGUCCUCCGGGGGAGCCUCCUGCUGGGGGAGAGCCGGCCCGCGGCCCGAGGCAGCGGCGGGCGGGCCGGGCCAUGGCGGAGCCGGCGCUGCCGCUGGCGGCCCGGCUCAGCUAUGCCGUGGGCCACUUCCUGAACGACCUGUGCGCCUCCAUGUGGUUCACCUACCUGCUGCUGUACCUGCACUCGGUGCAGAGCUACAGCUCCUGGGGCGCCGGCGUGCUGCUGCUGCUGGGCCAGCUGGCCGACGGCGUGUGCACGCCCCUCGUGGGCUACGAGGCGGACCGCUCCGGGGGCUGCUGCGGCCGCUACGGGCCGCGGAAGUCCUGGCAUCUGGUCGGCACCAUCUGUGUCCUACUCUCCUUUCCGUUCAUCUUUAACCCCUGCCUGGGCUGCACGGCUGCCACCCCCGAGUGGGCCGCCCUCGUCUACUAUGCCCCUUUCAUCGUGAUCUUCCAGUUUGGCUGGGCAGCCACCCAGAUCUCCCACCUGUCUCUGAUCCCCGAACUGGUCACCAAUGACCACGAGAAGGUAGAGCUCACAGCCUUCAGAUAUGCCUUCACUGUGGUGGCCAACAUUGCUGUGUAUGGGGCCGCCUGGCUGCUUCUCCAUUUCCAGGGGUCCCACUCUGAGGUCCCCGAUUCGGGCCCCGGUGACCAGCUGGGCCUGCAGGACGUGCCGGUGUUUAGGAACCUUUCCCUGAUGGUGGUUGGUGUUGGGGCCGUCUUCUCCCUACUCUUCCACCUGGGCACCAAGGAGCAUCCCCGGCAGCGGCAGGGCCUCGAGGAACCCAGCGAGCACAGCCCCUUGCUCCCACCCGCCAGCCGGCCCAUGCUCCUCUGGAAGCACUGGCUGCGGGAGCCCUCCUUCUACCAGGUGGGCAUGCUGUACAUGAGCACGCGGCUCAUUGUGAACCUGUCCCAGACCUACAUGGCCAUGUACCUGACCUACUCCCUCAAGCUGCCCAAGAAGUUCAUCGCAACCAUCCCCCUCGUCAUGUACAUCAGUGGCUUCUUCUCCUCCUUCUUCAUGAAGUCGGUGAAUAAGUGCAUCGGUCGGAAUCUGACCUACUUUGUCGGCCUCUUGGUUAUCCUGGCCUUUGCCUCCUGGGUGGCGCUGGUCAACUUGCUGGGCGUCGCGGUCUAUGGCGCGGCGGUGCUCCUGGGCGUCGGCUCCGCCACCAUCCUGGUCAUGUCCCUGUCCAUGACAGCCGACCUCAUUGGCAGCCACACGAACAGCGGGGCCUUUGUGUACGGCGCCAUGAGCUUCUCGGACAAGGUAGCCAACGGGCUGGCCGUGAUGGUCAUCCAGAGCCUGUACCCCUGCUCCUCGGACUUGUGCUGUGCGGCCUGCAUGGGCUUUUACCACUGGGUGAUGGUGAUCGUGACCGGAGGCGUGGCCGUGGUUGCCGCCCUCUGUCUCUGCAGCAUCUUUCUCUGGCCAAUCCAAGUUCGAUUCUAUGAUCCAUCUGGGCCCAGCCCUGCUGAAGGUGCAACUAGACCAAACUCAGGAGCCUUCCAGGACAACGUUGUCAACUGAACACUCAGGGAAUCUCAGGUGCACAUGGACCAUCCUCCCCUCCCUGGCUCUGGGACUCGGAUCCCAGAGUCUUCUGCCGUGGACCACCCCCAGCUGGCCUGGGGGAUUCUGGUUGUGUCUCCGGCCUGCUUCUCUGGCCAGGACCUGGACUGCUAGCUGUUUACACAAAAUGUUGGACUAAUAAAUAAAAUCCCACUGUGAGUGUGGGAGUCCCA